ACCCGGCUCGGCUGCUGCCCGGCGCGCCCUGUAAUUAGGAGCUCCACUUGCGGGCUGGGCGCCGCCACCGUGGACAACUCGGGAACGCCAGCUCCGCACUCUUGUCUUUUCGCGCCGCCGAGCGUCGACGUCCUCCACGAUGAACGGGCAGCUCUCACCUGCGUUCGAGGAGAAGAAGCCGCCCCUCCGCGCGUCCCCGAGCCUGGCGGAGACUUCGCCGGCGGACGUGAGCUUCUACGGCGGCCACGGCGCUCUCCAGGGCGCGCAGGAUUUUUACGCGGCGCAGCAGUCUUACUCGGCUCAACACGUGAACCCUUACUCGUACUCCCACUACAACUUGAACGCCGUGGUUCCCGGCGGUGGCUUCCCGUGCGGAAAAGCCGAGUACACGUACCCGCACUCGGCGUACAGAGAGCCCGGGGGCUUCAGCAGAGAUUCGCAAUCAACAAUAGCGGACGGCGUGAAAGAAGAGCCAGAGGCGGAGGUUCGGAUGGUAAACGGGAAGCCCAAGAAAGUUCGGAAGCCACGGACAAUUUACUCCAGCUACCAGCUGGCAGUCCUACAGAGGCGAUUCCAGUCGGCCCAGUACCUGGCCCUACCAGAGAGGGCCGAGCUGGCCGCACAGUUGGGCCUGACGCAGACGCAGGUGAAAAUAUGGUUCCAAAACCGUCGCUCCAAAUUCAAGAAACUCUACAAGAAUGGCGAGUUUCCGCUGGGGGACAUUACGCUGGAGCACAGCCCAGAGGCAAGCGAUUCAAUGGCCUGCAACUCUCCUCCAUCUCCGGCUGCAUGGGAAAACAACAAUAGCAGCGGUAACCCCACCGACGACAACACAAGCGGCGGCAACGGCCUCAAGAAUAAUACGACGCUGGACCCUGCCGGCAGGGGGCCGGAAUCCUAUCGGCCCCCAGCUGAUUCCUCCUCGGCCUACAUCGAUGAGUAUACGCACCAGAAUUGGUACCAGGAGCAGGACGCGCAUUUAGCUUUGCAGGCAGCCGGCGGUACCCACCACCCAUCGUCAUCGGCGCCACCGGCUCCCAUUGGAGCCGUAUACUGAGUCCCGAACACAGACAUCGAAUGGACCCGUUCAACUUAAAUACGAGGGAAGUUUUGGCAUCGCCCAGAAACGCAUACGCGAAGGUAUGCCAUCUCAAGCGGGAUGGAAAUGUACUUUUAGAUUGACCAUUUUAGACUUCACCGUCGUGCCCGAAUGCGUAGAUACAGUAGGAGAAUAAGACGAUGCCUUUUAUAUCCAAGGACCGACGACUACUGAUAUGCCGCUAGAUCUUGGGUGUCAAACUCCAGGCCCGGGGGCCAGAUGCUGGCUCGCCGCAUCGUUUUACGGGGCCCCCGAAAGCAAAUCGUGCUCGUCAACUUUUGCUAAUAUAUGGACCCAAAUUCCAAGUUGUCAUAAUAAACAACAAUGUUGCGCCAUUGCAUUUUUCUGUUACCAAACCCUUCUUCUACAGUAACUUAAACAAUACUUGAACAAACUGUCAUCCUUGUCUUCUGAUUUCAAAACGAGUUAUCCCUCAAUUUGUUGUGUGAUGGUAAUAAUAUGAUUUGGUGCUUUAACAUUUCACUGUUCUUAACGGCCCUCUGAGGGAAAUGGCAAUGCGGCCCGAGACAAAAAUGAGUUUGGCACCCCUGCUCUAGAUCAAGUUUUGCGGGACAGUGAGCCUCCCCUCAGAAAAUGGAAAACUGCCGGGAGCUCCCCUUCUCCAUAUCCCUACUCAAUCUGAUUUUAGCAACAAUUUCAACCUUCAUUGCCUAACCUGUGUGAAAUUUAGUCAGAGAGUAUUUCAACAUAUGACUGUGGCUUCCGUGACACCAAAAUGAUUUGUUACUGUUCACAGCGCAUAGUCUUGCUCGCGCAUCAUACAGGGUGUCCCAAAAGUUACUACACUGGAGUAUUCUUCGGACAGACGUGAGGCCAUCAGCAUUUGACAGCUUAGGCUUCGAGGUUUUUGGAAGGAUAUCAUUCCCUUGCCCAUGGUUUGCCAAUUGGGAUUGGAGGCGAGGCCUUUUUCUGUCCCCAACUGUAGUUUUGCUCCAGUUUGAGAAGCUGAUGGUGAUGACGCUUUGCCCGUACUCCGUUCAUUUUGUCGGGCAUUACUACCGUCUGCUUUAAGCCUUCGAGCAACCCUUAAGUCGAUACGGGUAACGCUUUAUUACUCUCUGAAAAAAUUCGCUGAAUUGAGUUUUUGUUGAUGCCGAGUUACAGUGCAGCCCUCCAGAUAGCCGUCGCAUGGACGUCUGCUCUAGGAGUUUUGGUUUUCGUCAGUGGCCGUAGUAGCGGACCUCUGCUGCGUAGUUUAUCAAGAACGGAUCCUCUUGAGAGAAACUUAGGAUAGCAUGAAUUCAACUAUGCGUUGCAGCAGUGUGACAGCCGUAAACCUUCUCAAACUGGCGCUGAACUGCAGCGGGGACAGAAAAACUUCUUUCCGGGUGGGAAUUUUGCAGUGCUGCACCAAUGUUAAUUGGCGAGCCA